CAGCCAAUGGACACUACUCAAAAACCCUAAAACAUUCUUGAUUAAUGAUUGCAAUUUCCUAAAACCCUAAUUAUACCCACAAAAUAUAAGUCUCAAAUUCUGAAAUUGCAAGACAAAAAUCAUGGAUCUUGCAAGUCUCUCUGCAGUUCUACAAGCAGCCCUUAGCCCCAAUCCUGCUCAAAGAAAAGCUGCUGAAGACACCCUUAAUCAUUAUCAGUAUGCUCCUCAGCAUUUGUUGAGGCUGCUGCAAAUCAUUGUAGAUGGAAAUUGUGAUAUGGCUGUCAGACAGGUUGCUAGUAUUCAAUUUAAAAACUUUAUAGCCAAAAACUGGUCACCUUUUAAUCCAGAGGAACAAUCAAAGAUUCUGCCAAGUGAUAAAGACUUGGUGCGGCAAAAUAUUCUUGUUUUUAUAGCACAAGUUCCUCCAUUGUUAAGAGUACAACUGGGCGUAUGUCUCAAGACAAUUAUACAUGCCGAUUAUCCUGAGCAAUGGCCAAGUCUUUUGCAGUGGGUCACACAUAAUUUGCAAGACCAGCAAGUCUACGGAGCUUUAUUUGUGCUCAGGGUUCUUUCUAGAAAAUAUGAGUUCAAGUCGGAUGAGGAGAGGACCCCUGUCCAUCACAUGGUGGAGGAGACAUUUCCUCAUUUACUAAAUAUCUUCAACAAGCUUGUUCAGAUAGAAAAUCCAUCUAUAGACAUAGCUGAUAUGAUUAAACUCAUUUGCAAGAUAUUCUGGUCUUCCAUUUAUCUGGAGAUACCCAAGAAACUGUAUGACCCAAAUGCAUUCAAUGAUUGGAUGGUUCUUUUCUUAGUUAUAUUGGAGCGGCCUGUUCCAAUAGAGGGCCAACCGGCUGAUCCAGAUCUUCGCAAGUCAUGGGGCUGGUGGAAAGUAAAAAAGUGGACAGCCCAUAUACUAAAUCGUCUCUACACUCGGUUUGGAGAUGUAAAACUGCAAGACCCAGAGAACAAAGCUUUUGCACAAAAUUUUCAAAAAAAUUAUGCUGGAAAGAUUUUAGAAUGCCAUGUAAACCUGUUGGAGGUGAUUCGCGUUGGUGGCUAUUUGCCUGAUAGAGUUACCAACCUUAUUUUGCAAUACAUGAGUACGAGUGUUUCAAAGACUACUAUGUACAAUCUACUUCAAGCAAGACUAGACGUUAUUCUUUUUGAGAUAAUAUUCCCAUUGGUGUGUUUCAAUGACAAUGAUCAGAAGCUAUGGGAGGAAGAUCCCCAUGAAUAUGUCAGAAAGGGUUAUGAUAUAAUCGAAGAUCUAUACAGUCCCAGGACUGCUGCAAUAGACUUUGUUAGUGAGUUGGUGAGAAAACGUGGAAAAGAGAACCUUCAAAAGUUCAUAUUGUUUAUCGUGGGGAUUUUCAAGAGAUACGAGGAUGCCCCAAUUGAGUUUAAACCUUAUCGGCAAAAGGAUGGGGCUCUUCUUGCUAUUGGCGCCCUAUGUGAUAAACUGAAACAGACUGAACCAUAUAAAUCUGAGCUUGAACGUAUGUUGGUGCAGCAUGUUUUCCCGGAGUUCAGUAGUCCUGUAGGUCAUCUCAGAGCAAAGGCUGCAUGGGUCGCAGGACAAUAUGCACAUAUUGAUUUCUCUGACCCUAAUAAUUUCCGCAAAGCACUACAAUGUGUUGUUUCUGGGAUGCGGGACCCUGAGCUGCCUGUUCGUAUUGAUUCUGUUUUUGCAUUGCGUUCUUUUGUGGAAGCUUGCAAAGAUCUAAGUGAAAUUCGGCAGAUACUUCCACAACUGCUUGACGAGUUUUUCAAGCUUAUGGAUGAAGUUGAAAACGAGGAUCUGGUGUUUACUCUUGAGACUGUCGUUGACAAAUUUGGAGAGGAGAUGGCACCUUAUGCUAUUGGCUUAUGCCAGAAGCUAGGGGAUGCAUUUUGGAGGUGUAUGAACACCCUUGAAGCUGAUGAUGACGCCGAUGAACCUGGUGGUUUGGCAGCUGCUGGUUGUUUACGCGCCAUUAGCACGAUUCUCGAAUCAGUCAGCAAACUUCCUCACCUUUUUGCUCAUAUUGAGCCAACAGUUCUUCCAAUAAUGCAGCGCAUGCUUACCAGUGAUGGCCAAGACGUAUUUGAAGAAGUUUUAGAAAUUGCUUCGUACAUGACCUUUAUAUCCCCUUCAAUAUCUAUGGGGAUGUGGAGCCUUUGGCCAUUACUCAUGGGAGCUUUGGCGGAUUGGGCUAUUGAUUUCUUUCCAAAUAUUCUUGUCCCACUGGACAAUUAUAUUUCCAGGGGAACGGCACAUUAUCUUGGAUGCAAGGAGCCAGAUUACCAGCAAAGUUUAUGGAAUAUGCUUUCUAACGUAUUGAAUGAUAAAAACUUAGAAGACCAUGAUGUCGAACCUGCACCUAAGCUUAUUGAAGUCGUGUUCCAGAACUGCAAGGGCCAGGUGGAUCAUUGGGUUGAACCAUAUAUUAGACUCACAGUUGAGCGGUUACGCAGAACUGAACAACCAGUCUUGAAAUGUCUUCUGUUGCAAGUCAUUGCUGAUGCACUUUACUACAAUGCAUCUUUGACUCUCAUGAUACUGCAAAAGAUCGGUGUAAUCACAGAAAUCUUCAAUUUAUGGUUUCAGAUGUUGCAACAGACUAAAAAGAGUGGUUUGCGGGCUAAUUUUAAGAGAGAACAUGAUAAGAAGGUUUGCUGCUUGGGAUUGACAUCUCUGCUUCCACUUCCUGCAGGACAGUUGCCAGAGGAGGCCUUAGAUCGUAUUUUUAAGGCAACUCUUGAGCUGCUUGUUGCCUACAAGGAUCAAGUAGCAGAAGCUGAAAAGGAAAAGCCUGAAGAUGACAAUGAUGAUGACAUGGAUGAUGAUGAUGAUGAUGACGACAACGACGACGACGAGGAAGCUGAUAGUUCGAGACUUCAGAAAUUGGCUUCCCAGGAGAAUACAUUUCAUUCAGACGAUGAUGACUCUGAUGACGACUCGAGUGAUGAUGAAGAAUUGCAGUCACCUAUUGAUGAGGUGGAUCCCUUUGUUUUCUUUGUGGAUACUAUAAAAGUUUUGCAAGCAUGUGAUCCAGUGAGGUUCCAAAAUCUCACGGCGAGGCUCGACAUCAAUUACCAAACACUUGCAACUGGUGUUGCUCAGCAUGCUGAGCAAAGAAGAGUAGAAAUUGAGAAGGAGAAGCUGGAAAGUGUGACAGUUGCAGCAGCUGCCUCUUGAUAUUUAAUACUGCUGUUCAAAAUUUAUUUAUUUUGUCCGCGAUUUGGUUACAUCAUUCUUUUGCCAGUGGUGCGUAACCCCUGGCGUUUUUUUGAAGAACGCUACAAAAAGAGCAUGAGUUUUGUGAUGGAGGUUGAAUAAUGGUUACAUGAGUUUCUUUUUUGCACAUUGUUUUUGUAUGGGCAAGUGGUCCUGUUUAGGAUUAGAAAAUGAUGAUUGUGGAGUUGAGGUCUAUGUAUAACACAGGUUUUGAUUGGCAAUUGAUUUUGGUUUCGUUGUUUUUGAACAAUGAAUAUUCCCAUAUAUUACUAAAUCAGUCAAUAUUAAGAAUUGCCGUUUUUACAUUA